GGACAUUUAAGGACAGCCCACUAAAGAGAGUAAGACAGAGGACUAGAGAGUCGCACUGGACAUCACUUUGCCUAAACCACUCAAUGCUGUAUUUUUUCUGACAUACACUUUGAGGUGGAGAAUUAGGGACUAAAUAAAAACAUAUACUAUCGUACCUGUGUAUGUUUGGAUAAGGAGAGCUGCAUCCUGCUAACAGAUUAGGACAUUUUUCUAGCUGAGGAUGGGCAAAACAGGAGACUCUGGGGUGGAGGAGAGACCCAAAUGGGACAACAAGAUUCAGUACCUGUUGACAUGUAUUGGCUUUGCAGUGGGACUUGGAAACAUCUGGCGUUUUCCCUACCUAUGCCAAAUCUAUGGAGGAGGUGCAUUCCUCAUCCCCUACCUGAUAGCGCUGGUGUUUGAGGGCCUCCCUCUGCUCUACCUGGAGCUGGCUAUAGGACAGAGGCUCCGCAUGGGCAGCAUUGGUGUCUGGAAAUCCAUCUCACCACUACUAGGGGGAGUCGGAAUUGCCUCCAUGAUUGUGUCAUUCCUGGUGAGCAUUUUCUACAACACCAUCAUUGCCUGGGUGCUAUGGUACUUCUUUCACUCUUUCCAAAACCCCCUGCCAUGGAGCCAGUGUCCACUCAAUGAUAACCACACAGGUUACGAUGUGGAGUGUGAGAAGAGCACCUCAGUGAAUUACUUCUGGUACCGUCAGACCCUGAACAUCACACCUGACAUCGAGACCAGUGGCUCCUUGCAGUGGUGGUUGGUCAUCUGUCUUGCCAGCGCCUGGUGUGUGGUCUACAUCUGCUUUAUUAAAGGUAUCGAGUCCAUGGGGAAGGCUGUGUAUGUUACUGCCACAUUCCCUUACCUGGUGCUGACUAUCUUCCUGGUCCGUGCCCUCACUCUCCCAGGAGCUACUGAUGGACUGGUGUACCUCUUCACUCCUGAUUGGGAGAUACUGAAGAACCCUCAGGUGUGGCUGGACGCUGCCACCCAGAUCUUCUUCUCUCUCUCUGUGGCCUUUGGAGGUCUCAUAGCUUUCUCCAGCUACAAUUCAGAGAGAAACAACUGCGAGAGGGAUGCUGUUCUAGUAGGAGUGAUAAAUAGUGCCACGUCUCUCUACGCCUCCAUUUCCAUCUUCUCCAUCCUGGGAUUUAAAGCUACCAACGCCUACAACUCCUGUCGAGAGGAUAACAUCUUGGAUCUGACCAACCACUUUGAGCUUUCAGACCAGAACAUGACACUCGAGAACUAUUAUCAGUGGUAUGACUAUCUAAAUAGUACAUUUCCAGAUGAGGUGGCCAGUUUGCCCCUCAAGUCCUGCAAUCUGCAAACAUUCCUUGACCAGAGCGCAUCGGGUACCGGCCUGGCUUUUAUUGUGUUCACUGAAGCAGUGAUGGAGAUGCCAGGCUCACAGGUAUGGGCCAUAUUGUUCUUCAUCAUGCUCUUAAGCUUGGGGCUCUCCUCCAUGUUUGGCAACAUAGAGGGAGUCCUAACACCCAUGCACGACCUGAAAAUAGUACCCAAGUGGAUCCCCAAUGAAGUCUUAACAGCGAUCAUCUGCUUGGCAUCCUUCUUGAUGUCUCUCAUCUUCACCCUGGGUUCGGGAAACUACUGGGUGGAGGUCUUUAACGGCUAUGUGGGCUCUGUGCCUCUGCUCAUCAUUGCAUUCUUUGAGAUUAUUGGAGUCAUUUAUGUCUAUGGAAUGAAAAAUUUCAGUGAAGACAUUUAUUUCAUGACGGGGUCGAGGCCCAACAUCUACUGGAAGGCAUGCUGGAUGGUGAUCAGUCCUAUAAUGCUGCUGGCGGUGUUGAUUGCCUACGUGGGCCUCCAAGCACAGAAACACCCUACCUAUCCCACAUGGAACCCAGAUUAUGAACUAUUCCCCCAAACUCAAGUGAAGGAUUACCCAGACUGGGUGUUUGCCAUAAUCCUCCUCCUCUGUAUAGUACCUGUGAUUUCCAUCCCUGUGGUGGCUCUCUACGAACUGAUCUGCUGUAAAAUCCAGAGGUCCUCUGCUCGCGCUGAACCAAGCCCCUACUGCAAUGAUGGCUUUGUGGUUGAAACACAGGAACAGAACAACCAGAGAUUUUGAGAGUAACGAUGUUACUGCAUUCCUGAACAUAAAAAGACAUCCUGAUGGUCAUCACUGCUUCUUUGGGAUUUCCAUCUUAAUUCACCAGACAGCGGACAUAUAAUCAGUCUUGUUGAACUGUAUUAGACUUACCUGUUAAUUUUUUAUGUUUACACUUAUAAGGACCUGACUUGAUAUAUGAUAGCUCACAUUUCUUUUCACGACAACAAAACUGGAUUUAUUUAACUGUGAAAUGCUUUACUUUUAAACAUGUAGUCUUUACACUUAGUGUCACAAAAUGUCACUGUAUGAGGUCCUAAGCUUCCUGUUGAAACCAUUAUUAUCAUCAUCCGUGUACUACAUCAAACCUGAAAUCAAAUCAUCUUGUACAAAAAUCAUUUGACUUAUUCACGUGAUGGCUGGCAAUAUUUCUGUGAAAUUAUUUACAUAUAAAUUAUUUUCUAAGUGA